CCUUAAUUCACAAUUGCAUCAGUAUGUGUAAAAUAUAAAAGUAUUGAUUAUUUGCGCAAAUGUUUUUUAAGUAAUUCUCUUGAAUAUUUAGUUUAAAUGCGUGAACUUAAGUUAAUCGAGUAUUAUAACAAAGUGAUAUUAAACUUUAGUCUAUUGUGAAACCGUCGACUUUAUUGUCAAAGCAAUUCAGAGCAGCUUUACAAGUUAAAAACACAAAAGAAAUGUCACAUUUAUAUGCACAAUGGCAGGAUUUAAUGAACAACAAGUCUGAUCCGAGGACAACGAACUUGUUUCUUAUGCAAUGUCCACUGCCAACACUAAUGUUAUGCAUUGGAUAUUUUUAUAUUGUGAAGAUCUUAGGACCAAAGUUUAUGGAAGCCAGAAAGCCAUUUAAAGUCACAAAAUUAUUGAUAAUUUACAAUUUUCUUCAAACAAUUUGGAGUUGUUAUUUAUUUUGGGAGAUUGGAAUGGCUGGAUGGUUUGGACGAUAUAAUUGGAGAUGUGAAGCUUUUGAUCCAUCAAAUGAUGAAUAUGCUGUACGGUCUCAAAACGCACUCAAAAAAGUUGAAAUGAUGCUGAAAAUACUGGAAACUUUUUGCGGUCACACAAAUCUUCAUGGAUUCAUUUACAUCGUUCAGCCAUGGCGGCACAAAAUUGAGAAAUUCUUUUGGCUUAUUUCGAUUCUCAUAUCCUUCAUUUUAACUGGAAUUUUAAUCAACAAACUUAUCAUUGAGAGUCAAAAGAACUCAAUUGUUAUUUAUAUGGACCAAAAUCCAAUCAAAGUUCAAGAUUUGGUCUUUCCAGCUGUUGCUAUGUGCCUUGGAGUGUUGGGAAGAACACCUUGCAAAACACAGAUGUUUUAUGAUGGCGCCAAAUCGUUAUUAGAAAGGAAUAAAACAGCAAUUAAGCCAUUAAAAGAAACACAAUUAAAACUCCUACAAAUUGGCAGCCUGCUGUCACGCGAUCGGUUCAUGUCCGAUAAUUUUCCAACAUUAAAUAUAUCAACUGAUAAUUUGAUGGAAUUGUUGGGAAUUUUGAAAAGGAACAUUUCCACAAUUUCUCACAACACAAGUCAAACCUUAUUUUCGGAAAAAUCUUGGAAAUAUCCAUUUCCACAUCAGAUCCCAGUUAUAGCUCAAGGUCCUGGAAAAGGAUUAUUCAUAAAAUUCUGGACUUUUCAUUAUUGUCAGCCUCAAAGGAAAGCUUACAAUUUCUUUAAGAAUUCACUUCAACAGACGGAGUUGGAUGGACUUGUGCUGAGGUUUCAUGAUCCAUACGAAUUUCUGUCAAAUGAUGCCCCAAAGUUUCAUAUGGUUCGAGAUAAAUUGACUACUUUGUCGAUUGUACCGAAGAUAAUAAGGAUUGAUGACUCAUUGCUGGAUGUUGAGAUUGAUGUGUAA